AUGACAGGUGUUGCUCAGUGGAAUUACCAGCGCUUGGUGGACGUGCAGCAGCCUGGUGUUCUCCUACCAGGUGUUUUUGACCAAGCACUAAUUUCAGAGCUGAAUGCAGCCUCCAAAAGAGUAACUGGGGAAGAAAAAUAUCUUACCCUUCAUCUUUCUGACAGAGACACAGGAGAGAUAUUUGGUCUCGAAUACAUAGAGCCAGGAUAUCAGCCUGUUGUUCUGGACUGGGAAAAAUACAAGAAGAAAACGGAGUCCUCUGUCCUCUUUGAGACAGCAAAUGAGAGCAGCUCUACCACUGUCCAGGCACUUCCUUCACCACCAGCUUCCACCGGGCCAUCUGUCCUGUUCCAGUUUCCUCCAGUUGCUGACAUAAAAGCGGAAGUGUCACUAUGCAGAGAUGCUGAUACUCUUUCCGAAACAGAACCACCCAGCACACCAUCUCUGCCUUUGCUGUCAUCACCAGCAAGUGCUCGCACUGGACCAGUGAAAACUGGUGGAAGGGUGUUUGUCCUUGACCACAGACGCUGGACAUCCCAGAUGAAGGAAGCCACUGACAACCUUAUCAAUAAGUAUCAUGGCCAGAAAGACCUGCUAAAACUUGUGGACCAUGAUUAUGCUGCUAUGGUGCAGAAGUCUUGUAGAGACCCAAACACUAUGUUCAAUCCAACAACAAGGGUCCAUAUUGACAGAUGCAUGAAGUAUCUGGCCAAAAUGAAGAACGUUAGCUCUUCUUUGAACACGAGCCAGGAGAAAUUAAUAGAGACACAAAGAUUGUGGCACAGUUUGACUGAGGGUAGUCAUACUGCCCAUGUGCCAGUUGUGACUAUGUCCCCUGCCAUUGUCCACCCCUCUUCACCUUUUCCUGUCAUUACACUGUCACAGGAUUCAAUUGAGAAAAUUGUGCAUGAAUUCCUAGAGAAACAACAAAAACAGCAGCAGCAGCACCACCAACAGCCCCAAAUACACAAGAAAAGGACAAAAUCGUGUCUUUCAUAUGGUCAGCCAAAAUCAAGAUACGAAAAUGAUGGCUCUUCAGUUCAUUUUUUUUACCAGCAAGGCCUUGUCCGUUAUUUCUAUUGUUCUAAUAAAGUUUUUAAAAUGUAUGGAUCAGAGGGACUGACAGAUCCGAAAAUGCAAUUUAAAGAUUUUGCAGAAACAUAGUUCUUUCAGCGGGAACUAGAUGCCACAAGGAAGAGAGUAGAAGAGAAAGGACAAUUGAAACGGAAAAGGCCUGAUCCGCAGCCUUGGGGUCGCAUCUGUCGAUUUUGCCAGUUGCAGCUCAAGCAGGGUCCUAACAGCCCUCAUAUGCAUGUGGCAUUUCCAGGACACCCUGGCAAAUACAUUUACUGCCCAGCCAAGGUCUUUUCCCUUUAUAAGGAUAAGGGGAUGGAAAGGGAGAUGACUUGGAAAGAGUUCCAAUCAUCAGCUUUUUGUGAAACAGAGAGGAGGAGGUGGGAGGAGGAAAAGAGGGAAAUAAAAAAAGAAAUAGUUUAUCAAAUAAUUGG